AGAUCCUUGGACGUGAACAGUUUCGCUGAAGAGCACUUUUCUCUCCCCCCAAAAUACCAGACGGACAAUCGAGGCGCCAGUUAUUCCAUAUCGACCUGAGAGAAGGGAGUUAAGGUGUCGGAUAAGGUCUCCAACGGUCCUUCACCCCCAAAUCUCUGUCAGCGAUGGAGACUUGGGCUGGCUUGUGCCCAGGCUUGCACUUAUCUCUGGGUAUCUGGGUGAUGAUAACCGCUCAUACCCUACAAAAUGCCAAGGCGGAGAUAACUUGCGCAUCUUGCACGUCGCCAGUUCAACUUCACCUGGAGGAAUUACAGCUGGGGAUGCGCACUGACCCGACAGAGGAGCCGGGCACCCUAAAAAACAUCCGAGUAGAGUUUAGGGAACUCGGGGUUACCGACCAAAAUACUGGAGUCGACGACGACCGCGAGACAGGCGUUUCUGUCGAAGAUGUCCCCCAGCUCCCUCAAGAUGUCAGUCCGGAUGGAGUUAGUGCAAAGGAAGAUGCACCGGGGUCCAGCGGGAAAAGUCACCGCGGCAGUGAUGAGGCAGGGGAGCCCGGGGAGGGUGAGGGUGCUGCGCUCCGGAGAGCGAAGAGAAGCGGUCCUGAGUUUGCCGAGUUCAGUGAGAGCGGGCGGACCGGCUGGACCGGCGUGGACGCGGGCGCUCCGGAGGAUCGGGGCUCAUUGUUUGACGGACACAAGCAGGGCAGGUCCGAGUUCAGAUGGAACAGGGAUGAAGGGAGAGGGAAUAACCGGCAGGAUGAGCCCAAACUCACCAGCAGCACUUUUUCUCUGACGGGGGACUCUGCGCAUAACCACGCGGUGGUGUACUGGUCUGGACAGAACAGCAGCGUGAUCCUGAUUCUAACCAAGCUGUACGACUUUCAUAUUGGCAGCGUCACUGAGAGCACUCUUUGGAGAUCUACUGACUAUGGCUCCACAUACGAGAGAAUGAAUGACAAAGUCGGAUCCAAGACUGUGCUGAGUUACCUAUACGUCUGUCCAACAAACAAGAGAAAGAUUAUGGUGUUGACAGAUCCAGAGUUUGAGAGCAGCGUGCUCAUCAGCUCUGAUGAGGGAGCCAGUUACCAGAAGUACCGCCUCACUUUCUACGUCCUGAGCCUUCUAUUCCACCCCACUGAAGAGGACUGGGCCUUAGCCUACAGUCACGACCAGAAGCUGUACAGUUCAAUGGACUUUGGGAGGAAAUGGCAGCUCAUCCACGAACACGUCACGCCGAACAGAUUCUACUGGUCUGUCUCCGGCCUCGACAAGGAGCCAGAUCUGGUCCACAUGGAGGCUCACACACCGGAUGGCAACGUGCAGUAUGUCACAUGCAGAGCUCCGAUGUGCACAGAAGCAAACAGGAACUACCCAUUUUCUGGAUUCAUCGACAUCAGCUCUUUGGUGGUUCAGGAUGACUACAUAUUCAUACAGGUACCAACAUCAGGACGAGCCACCUAUUAUGUGUCCUACAAGAGAGACUCAUUUAUACAAAUCAAACUACCCAAAUAUUCCCUGCCGAAGGAUUUACACAUUGUCAGCACUGAUGAGAAGCAGGUAUUUGCGGCGGUGCAGGAGUGGAACCAGAACGACACCUAUAACCUCUACUUGUCUGACACCAGAGGGAUCUACUUCACCUUGGCCAUGGAGAAUGUCAAGACCACUAGGGGCAUCGGCGGGAACCAGAUGCUGGAUCUGUACGAGGUGGCGGGAAUUAAAGGCAUGUUGAUCGCUAACAAGAGGCAAGACAACCAGGUCAAGACCUACAUGACCUACAAUAAAGGCCGGGACUGGAGGCUCCUGCAGGCUCCUGCUGCUGACCUGGAUGGAAACGAUAUUCACUGCAUACUGCCUUUCUGUUCACUCCAUCUCCAGCUGCAAAUGUCAGAGAACCCUUACUUGUCAGGAACAAUCUCCACCAAGAGUUCUGCACCCGGGAUCAUAGUUGCCACGGGAAAUAUUGGAGCAGAGCUGUCUUACAACAACGUUGGCAUGUUCAUAUCAUCUGAUGCUGGCAAUAGCUGGAGACAGAUUUUUGAAGAGGAGCACAAUGUUUGGUUUCUGGACAAAGGAGGGGCCCUGGUUGCUGUCAAACAGCCAUCUGUGCCAACCAGACACUUGUGGGUCAGCUUUGACGAGGGGAGGCAGUGGACCCAACACAGCUUCUCCUUGGUGCCUCUGUUCGUGGAUGGAGUCUUGGUAGAGGCUGGGGCAGAGAACCAAAUCAUGACCUUUUUUGGACACUUCAGCCACCGUUCUGAAUGGCAGCUCAUCAAGAUCGACUACAAGUCCAUCUUUAGCAGGAAAUGCACGGAGGAGGACUAUCAAACAUGGCACCUGCACAACCAGGGUGAACCAUGCGUGAUGGGACAAAAACAGAUUUACAUGAAGCGCAGGCCUGGAAACUACUGCAUGCUGGGAAAGGACUACUCCAGAAUCCUCUCAGCUGAGUCCUGUAUUUGUCGAGCUCAUGAUUUUGAAUGUGAUUAUGGAUAUGAGCGGCGUGGUGACGGGAACUGCCGGCCUGCCUUCUGGUUCAACCCCUCCACUGUCUCCAGAAGCUGCAGCCAGGGUCAAAACUAUCUCAACAGUACAGGGUACCGUAAAGUUGUGUUAAACAACUGCACUAAAGGAGUUAAAGAAAUGUACACGGCCAGAAAGCAGCAGUGCCCCAACAGACCUCCUAAAGGACUCUCGCUGACCACCAAAGACGGCAAACUCACCGCCAACCUGGGCAGCAACGUCACCUUCAUAGUUCAUCUGGAUGAGGGUGACACCAUACGCACCAACAUCCAGCUGGAUUUCGGUGACGGCACAGCCGUGUCCUACUCGAACCUGAGCUGGACCGAGGAAGGGAUCAAACACGUCUACAAGUCUGCUGGAAUAUUCCGAGUCACAGCGCUGGCAGAGAACACUCUGGGUUAUGACACCACCACACUCUAUCUGCAUGUCACAUGUCCAGUGGAGCAUGUCCAGCUUCUCGCUCCCUUCGUGGUCAUAAAGAACAAGGAGGUGAACAUCACAGCAGUGGUCUUACCCACCCACUCUCGUACUGUUACUUACUUCUGGUGGCUAGGCAACAACACUGAGCCUGUGAUAACAUUGGAUGGCAGUAUCUCACACACCUUCCACAAUGAUGGAAUGCACACCAUCACAGUACAAGUGGCUGCAGCCAACUCCAUACUACAAGAUACCAAGACCAUAGCAGUCAAAGAAUUCUUCAAAUCGCUACUUUUAUCUUUCUCCCCUAAUCUGGACGAGUUCAACCCCGACAUACCCGAGUGGAGACAGGAUGUGGGGAGAGUAAUUAAGAAGGCUCUGCUCCAAGUAUCUGACUUCCCGGAGGAGCAGCUCUUAGUUGCCGUGUUUCCAGGAGUUCCAACAGCCGCUGAGCUCUUCCUGUUACCUCACAAGAACCAAUCAGAGGGCAAGAAAAAGAGUGAGGAGGAGCUAGAGCAGGUUUCUGAUAUAAUUGUAAGCGCACUGAACCAAAAUUUGGUGGAGUUCGAACUGAAGCCUGGCAUACGGGUGAUUGUGUACAACACACAGUUAACACUGGCACCAUUGGUGGACUCCAACCCGAGACACAGCAGCUCAGCUAUGCUGAUGCUCCUAUCAGUGGUGUUCCUGGGCCUGGCAGUGUUCCUCAUCUACAAAUUCAAGAGAAAAAUACCUUGGAUCAACAUAUACGCUGAGGUGAACCAAGAGAAAGAGCAGGAAAUGAUUGGCUCAGUGGGCCAGGGUGACAGCACGCCUAAAAUCACUCUGAGUGAGUUCUCUACAUCCAAAGAACUCAUGGAGAAGGAACUGGAUGCCAGGGUCAAAAGGGGAGUUGGAAAUGCCUGCGAGAGCACAAGGGAGAUUCCAAACUGUACUAGCGUGUAAAGUGGGAGAGCAACAGUUUAUGUACAGAGCGAAUAUUACAGUGUCGGGGUUCUCUUUUUCUGUUUUGUAAUUCUCAACACAACUGAUGUUAAUAGUUUUCUAAGGGACCUCAUUUAUACAGACUUGCACGGGUGACUCGUUCAGCAGCAUCCCUGCAGCAAAUGUCAAUUUAUUCAAUGAGAUCAUUGUAAUUACUGGCAAAACUUAUUCAGUUUUGUGGAUGUAUAAGCUACAUAACAUUCAUUUGCAGAGUGAAAUAUCUUUCGUCAAAACCUAUGAAGAGUUCUGUAAAUUUCCUAAGGAGUUUGCUUUGAAAAUCAUUUCUGGCUAUAUAUAGACUAUAAUGUCUGAGUCUUCAAUCAAACAGGGAAUAUUAUUGAAAUGUACAAUAUUAUCAUCUGUUCUGUUAUAUGUAUAUAUUAUUACUUUCUACAUGCUCGUAGUCUGAGUGCCAUGGCGAUGACAGAGGAUCUUACAAUGGUCUGUUUUUGAAAGUGUGUUAAAAAGUCAAACAUUACUUAAAGAAAUCAACUUUGUUUUGCUAAGGUCCUUGACUUGUGCAUGUUCUUAUUGAGGACACGAUUUCUGUGUUGUAGAUAAGCAAGUGUUGUAAAUAGUUAUUUUCUAAUCAUUAAUCAAAAGAGCCCAAUCAAUUUUGCCCAGACUUCUGUUCUGCUCUCAUUUUCCUUCGGUUACUGUUGGGUGACAUGUAGUUAGUAGAAAGGGUUCAUGAGUUAAUGCAGGUACAGCUGUAUUGACAUAUUACAGAUUUAACCUCCCAGCAUUUCCCUGGAAAUGAAAUGAAAAAGGUCAACAUGAGCAUAAUCAUGGUAAAUAUGUUUAUAUUUUCAUUAGACAUAUACAAUAGAUAUUCAGACAUUUUUACACAGAUGACAGUUUUUAAACUAUCUUAGCUAAACAUUGUAUGCCAUUGGCAUUAAUGCAGAACAUCUGCCUCGAAGACAAUGGCUCUGAAAUUUCUGAUUGAGCCUCAGAACAAAAGCUCAAUCAAUUAUUAUGAAUGUUAUUCUGUCGUGGCCACCAGUGAUCAUAUCGACAAUAUUUACAUGUUGGGAGAAGUAUGAUGACAUUCAUUACAAAAUAUAAAAUGGUGAUAUAGAUUAUGUGUAGUACAUCCUCUGUUGCUGAUAGCUGGUUUCAUUUGUAUUCAGUUUUAUUUUUUUCGCGAAAUACCAAUCCGAAUACCAAUAUGAACAUGUGUUAUCUGAGAGCAGGUUACUUGCACAUGUUUAAAGUGCUUCUGCACAUAUAUUUGGGUAUCUGGAGUAUCUCCCAACCCACAGACUGAGAUAAGACAACCGAGUCAGGUUUUUUUAUCUCCACGAACGGCUUGAUAAGAUGGUGAGAUAUACUGUAGUGGCUUACUGACUGAAAGAAUUCUGCCAAACCCUUCAGUUGUAGUAACAUAAAGAGCGACAGGGUACAAACAGUGGACGAUUGGUGGAUGAGUGGGUCAGACACACUGGGUAUCUCUGAAAGUAAGCAAGAUAUGUCCCCUUUAAUGAUACACUUUGAAAUGGGUACCAAAACCUGCUCUAUGUGGAGACAGACACAGCUACAUCUGUCAAGCUGGUAGUUCAUCUUUCAUUGCCCCAUCCACCUCAGGUACCAUACAUUAUAUUUGAUAGCAGCCUAGAGGGUUAAAUAUGUGGGUUAAUACUUGAAUUAACCAAUAGCCAGCUGAUUGUUUAGCUAUAAAUAUGGGUGCAUUCCUAAUUAUAAAAAUAUAAAUAUUUGAUUUUAAUUAUUUGUUCAAAACAGUGCUGUAGCAGUUGAUACUUUAAUUUUUUUCAUUUAGUAUAUAGGAGAAAAUUAACCUUCAUUUUCUUCUUAAUGUGUUAUUUUUUCCCCUUUAAAUUAAAAAGAAAAACAAACAAAUAACAUUCAGUACAAGCAAAGUACCGCAUUGUUAAGCAGUAUCUGUAAAUAUUAACAGUACCCCAGACUGUAUAAAAAUAGUGGAAGUCACCUAAUGGUUUGUGAACUCUGGUUUUGAAGCCUUGAGUUGGUAUUUAGGCCUUAUUAGGUAUUUAGACAUCUUUUUUUUUGCAACCAGCACAUGUUAAGAACAGAGGUGUAAUGAUGCAAUGUACAAGCUAACAUAAGUGCUAGCUAGCAAGCUUGGUUAGCAAGGGGCAAUCAUUAUUCAAAACCUCUGACACCUAAGAGUGUCUUUUAGUCCAAACUUACAGUGAACGAGACAUAUUCAAACUACCAAAAUGUUAGUUAACUUCUUUGGUGAACUGGAAACACACUGUGAAAGCGACAGAGUUCAAAGAAAACACACAGUGCACCAUGAAAACGACAUGUCAUUCCUAAGGUAGCCCCGCCCUAAAGAAUACACUGCUUUAUCAUCUAUUUGACUCUAAAUGGGACAAAAUUAAUUGAAAAAGAUUGGAAAUAAGUGAAUUCAAGCAUAAGCUUAUUAAAACUAAACUUUGUAUGGCUUUCUGCAACCAGUAGAGUCGCCCCCUUCUGGCCAUUAGAUAGAAUACAAGUGUAAGGCACCGCCACAUCGGCUUUUCAGGCCUAGAAGUUGCUGCUUGAUUAAUACCCUCCCCUCUCUUCACUAAUGCUAUUGAACAUAUGGAAAAUUAAAUAUUAAAAAAUAUCUCAUUCUUUUUGUUCAUAAAUUGAUAUAACAUUAACUUGGAAUAAACCCCUUCAGUGCAGUGUUUCUCACUUGGUCGUUGCUCAGGGUUUCCAUGCAGAUUGAGGAUGUUUUGGGCUAAAAUAGUGCACAAACAACAACAAAAAAACGAAAUGUUCUCUCUAAAUUUGAAGACUAGAACAAUUUGUAUUUCUUAAAACAUUUCUGUGUUCACACAGAGCAGAUUCAGUGAGAUCAAGCUGUGUUGUAAUUAAUCCACUCUCCCUGGUGACAUCACACUACUGCUCAAUGCUUCAACACUCGCUGCUUUGAGUUUCCUUUGUAAUGAGGGAGUAGCGUCCUCCCAGCAUGCAACUCUCCAUCAGCCCUGUGUUCUCCGGGCUUAAAGAAGCAACCUGAGUGGCCUCGGGUUGACUUCCGUCGGCCUCCUGAUAUCCAGCAUGAUCAGAGAAUGCUGGACAGCUGAGCAGAGGAUGCCCCAUGCUGAGUUCUCCCACAGUGCUCAGCUCAAGUAAACAGCAAUUGCAGGAGAAAAGCGAGAGGGGCAGGGGAACACUGCACAAAGAUAUAAGCUGUCACAUCACAUAUGCAUUACCUCAAACAGAGCAUUCUCAUCUCAAACCAAACAGCCGAGCCUUGUUACUGCAGACAGAAAACACACUGAACAAAGAUUGUUUUAUAGCUUUGUUGUAUUCAACACAUGUCAGAAGCAAAGGGUUGUUUGCUUGGCUGGAUUUUCUUCGGUUGGGGGCUUUGAUGGUGUCACUUUUUUCUGAUUCUUAUUAGCAAAUCAGGAUUAGAAGAAACAGAAAAAUAUCAAAAACUAUCAAAAAGUUUGUACCGAGUGCAACUCAUAUUAUACUUGUAUUGUAUUGUAUUGUUUUUUUUCUUCUUCUUUUGGACCCUUAGAAAUGAUAAAGAAUGUAUGAUGACUACACUGGUUCAUAGCCAGGCCAUAAUGCUUUGUAACAGCUGUUGCUGGGUAAGAAUUUAGCAUUCCAUAAAAGUCUGUAAAGGAAGGAAAGAAAAGCUACUAAAAAUGUUGUGCUUGUAUCUGCACAGGCAUAUUGGAACUGUCACCAGUAAAAGAAACUCAUACAUUUUGGGUAAUUACCUCAUUGUUCAUUCAGUCACCACUUUGAUCACUGGAAAUUGCUGUCUCAUCUGAUAUCUUAAAUGCCACAUUAUACUGUAAGAACCAGAUCUCCGGUGGUAUCCAUACUUGAAAAAUGAAAGAGAUUCUUGCUUUCGUAAUAUUUCAGAAGGCAUAAGCAUUGUAAUGUUCUUCAGUGCACAAAAAUCUACAAUGCAUGCAUCAUCAGUAAUGUUCUGUUUCAUCUUUAUUUCGAUAUUUCUACGGUAAAGAAACUGUCAUUUUGAAAUUGUUUCAAAUAAAUGUAUUUUUGUACAUCAA